CUAUUCAGAAUUCAGAUUUCACUAUCAAUUUGUUAUAGCAGUGAGAGCAAUCUGAGCAUGACUGUGAACGCAGGAGUCGAUAUCACCGAGGCGGGUGACCGCGGCGUGCUAAAACGCAUAACCAAGGAGGGCGAAGGCACGGAAACGCCAAGCGCCGGCUGCCAGGUUACGGUGCAUUACACUGGAACUCUCCUUGAUGGCACGAAGUUCGAUUCCAGUCGAGACCGGAACGAACCCUUCGAGUUUCAACUUGGCAAAGGUACAGUUAUAAAAUCAUGGGACAUUGGUGUGGCCACGAUGAAGAAAGGAGAAGUCUGUGUGCUCACUUGCGCGCCGGAGUACGCUUACGGCGCGACCGGCAGCCCUCCCAAGAUUCCUCCUAACUCCACAUUGCAAUUUGAGAUUGAAAUGAUAGACUGGACAGAGGAAGAUCUGAGUCCCAACAAGAACAAGGGUAUCCUCCGACACAAGAUUGAGGAGGGAGACGACCAUAACUGCCCAAACGAUGGCGCUCAGGUUACCGUGGAAUUGGAGGGCAAGCUUCCUGAUGGCAAAGUUUUCGACACUCGCACGGUAUCCUUCAUACUGGGCGAAGGGAGUGCUAGCAACAUUUGUGACGGCAUCGAAAAAGCCUUAGAGAAGUUCAACCAAGGGGAAAAGUCCCGACUAACCCUCCAACCUAAAUACGCCUUCAAGUCCGAAGGAAACGUUGAAUUAGGGGUACCACCCAACUCUGUUGUGGAAUACACAGUCAAGUUAGUCAGUUUCGAAAAGAGCAAGGAACCCUGGGAAAUGGAGACUGACGAAAAGAUAGAGCAGUCCAAAAUAUUGAAGGAGAGUGGCACCAAUUACUUUAAGGACAGCAAAUAUCAACUGGCCAUUAAGAAGUAUAAGAAGGUUUUGUCUUUGAUAGAGGAUAUACCAAAAAGCACGAUCGACACAGAAGAAAACAAAACGAAAGCCAAAGACCUCCUACUAUCAGUCUAUCUCAAUCUUGCAUUAGUGUACCUUAAGGUGACCCCACCACACCACUACGAUGCCAGAGACCAUGCAACGAAAGCCCUGGAUAUUGACCCGAGUAAUGUGAAGGGUCUGUUCCGACGAGGCCAGGCCUUGCUGGGAAUGGGUGAGGCUGAACAGGCUUUGCAAGACUUCCAGAAGGUGGUGGAAGCCGAGCCACAGAAUAAGGCGGCGGCCAAUCAGAUCAUCGUUUGCCGAGCCAAGCUGCAGCAGCAGAAACAACGUGAGAAGACCAUGUACGCGAACAUGUUCGACAAGUUCGCGCACCGCGACGCGCAGGUGGAGAAGCUAAAAGCCAAGCAGAUGUUCGACGUCAUUGGAGAGAAGGUUGGCGAGUGGGGCAAGGGGGAGGGCGAGUGGACGGACGAGCAGAGGGACAGGAAACCCACGGAGUUCGAGAAGGAGAACCCUAACAUACUGCUGCUAGACAAGGACGGACAAUUCGAGAACAUGUGAAACGUUUGAUCAAACACUUGUGUCAAUAUUUGCGAUGUUGUAUUGUAAACUUGGUUAUUAUAAAAAUAUAGCAAUAUAAUAUAUACCUAUGGCAUUGGUGAUUGUAUAAAUAAUAAUAAUUAAUAAAUAAUUAAUGGCAGUGUGUUACAUUUCGCCUGCGUUGAUAGAUUUCGAGUAACAAAACACUUCAUCGAUAAAAUAAAAUGGACCUUAACGACCUUGCAUUAAAGUUCAAAUUCGUUCAUACAUCUACUUCCAGGGGCUGUAAGACUCGAAUUCAUAGUCAAGAUAUGGACUUCUUUAGGGAAGCAUUCAGAUGGCAUGUGUCAUAUUCAACCUAAAUGCAUUUCAUUAAGAAGCCCCUAUCUUGUCUGAAUUCCAGUGUAGGAAAUAUUGCAAAAUUAAAAUAGGUGGUACUAGAUUUUUUACUGUAAUGUAGAGACUAGUCCAUUUUAAUUUGAUAUUAUAU